UUGUUGAAUCACGGUACCAUGACCAUUAGGCAGGUGAUGCUUACAACCGGAAGUUGGAUAUUGGAAGAUCCGGAAGAAUUGUGUGGAAAAGCUACAUGCUGUCAAGACCAUUAGGCAGGCAUCAUCAGCCGUUAUUGUGCAUUGCUAUAACAUACUCACAGACAACUGUGGAGGCGUGUAGAUAUCAUCUGUAUGUUCAACAAAGGGGGGAAAUAGGCUAUCGACGGAUAAGAUGUGGAAGGCAGCAGUUGGUCAGACCGUCACAGAAGCUGUGCAGGACGGCGAGGAAGACUGGGAGACAGACCCUGACUUUGAGAACAAUGUGUCUGAGAAGGAGCAGCGGUGGGGGGCCAAGACGGUGGCAGGUUCGGGCCACCAGGAACACAUAAAUAUCCAUGAGCUCCGCCAGAACGUGUCAGCAGAGCACGGUGCGCUGAAGCAGAGAGAGCUGGAGAGCAUGCCCAUGGCCUCUCACGGGUACGGGGGCAAGUUUGGGGUGCAGGAGGACCGCAUGGACAAGUCUGCUGUGGGCCAUGAGUAUCAGAGCAAGCUGUCCAAGCACUGUUCCCAAACUGACACCUCAAAGGGAUUUGGGGGAAAGUUUGGAGUGCAGGCUGACCGGGUCGACCAGUCGGCAGUUGGAUUUGAAUACGCUGGCAAGACACAGAAACACUCCUCACAGAAAGAUUACGCGACGGGUUUCGGGGGCAGGUACGGGGUGCAGGCGGAUCGCGUGGACCAGAGCGCCGUGGGCUUCGAAUAUCAGGGCAAAACGGAAAAACACGAGUCCCAGACAGAUUACAGUAAAGGCUUCGGGGGUAAAUAUGGCGUGGAAACGGACAAGGUGGAUAAGAGUGCAGUCGGCUUCGAGUAUCAGGGGAAAACGGAAAAGCACGAGUCGCAGAAAGACUACGCGAAGGGUUUCGGAGGGAAGUUUGGCGUACAGAUGGACAGGCAGGACAAGUCGGCCGUGGGCUGGGAUCACCAGGAGAAAACGCAGCUCCACGAGUCCCAGAAAGACUACUCCAAAGGGUUUGGUGGAAAGUACGGCAUUCAGAAGGACAGAAUGGACAAGAGUGCAGGCACCUUUGAACAGGUGGAGAAGCUAAGCUCAGCAUAUCAGAAAACUAAACCUAUAGAAGCUGCUGGCCUCAGUACUGGGAGCAUGAAGGCUCGCUUUGAGAACAUGGCGAAGAAGAAUGAGGAGGAGGACCGCAGGAGAGCGGAGGAGGAGCGGACACGCCGGCAGGCCAAGGACAAGCAGGAGCAGGAGGAGGCGCGGAGGAAGCUGGAGGAGGAGCAGGCUGAAGUCAAGUGUGCCUCCUCAAAACUCAGCCACACCCUGUCUUCUGAGACCCCAAAACAGGACACGCCCACCAGCCCUGAAUACAAGGAGAGCAGUGCUGAGCUGGAGCCAUUUAACCAGAACCCCGACAAGAUCUCCUCCCAGCACCAAGGAGAUGUGGACCAGGCCAGUGAAGAGUACGGUGAGGACCUGGGCGUGACUGCUGUCGCUCUGUAUGACUAUCAGGCUGCUGGUGAUGACGAGAUCUCCUUUGACCCCGACGACAUCAUCACCAACAUAGAGAUGAUUGACGAGGGCUGGUGGAGGGGGGUGUGCCGAGGGGCCUACGGGCUCUUCCCUGCCAACUAUGUGGAGGUCAGGCAAUGAGGGCCGGCCAUGCCUUAACUGAAACUUCGCCUCCUUCCCUGCCCUGGCCUGUCCCGAGGAAGACUUCCUCUCCUCGCUCUGUUUCUGUGCUAUUCACUUCUCAAACAUCUGUAGUCCUCAGUCCUUCAUCAUAGUCUUCAUUCCACCCAUGUCUGCUUCUUCCUGGAGUUCAAAACCCUUCUGUGGAAUAUCCAAAACUGCCUCCAAGUUCCAAAUGUAGAACCAUGUUCCAAGAUCAGAGUGGAGAAAUUGUCACAAGAUUAGUUUUAUGAUGGAUUUAAGGACAGCAGAGAUAAAGAAACAAGUUCAUAUCAUUGGGCUUAGGGAUAAUAGACCCUACUUCCAUAUAAUCAUGUGUGUUUCUUCAAUAAGGAAAAGGAGAUGGAGGUUUUCAUUGGCUCCAAUUGACCAAAGUUGACUUAAUAUAAUUAUUUAUUAUAUGCAUUUUAAUUAAUUUAAUUUAAUUAACUUAAGGAUGUAUUUGGGCAUUUUAGAACUAGAACUCAACUAGAAAUCAACUAGAAGCCCAUUGUUUAGUACAAAGGUCACAUGGGUGUAAGAUGAUAAAGAAACUGACUGGUGGACAGUCUUUGAGACCAUCAUUUGAUUGGUCGAAGAAACCCGUGCUUCAGAUCAUACCGUUCUUAUUCUCACUCUAAUUAGAACUCAUGAUAGGCAUAGCCUAAUUAAGUGUUCUUUUGCAAGUGGUUGUUUUCAUGAAUUUGGUUAAAGCUAUGGACAUCCUGCUCCAAUGCCAGCGCUGUGGUAUGUACGACUUGACCAGCAGAGGCCCUGGAAGGCAAUGUGGGAAAAAUGGGGAAAAGGUCAGCCAAAAACAGUUUCUCAUACAUACAAGUUAUCUCAUGCGUUCUUGGACGGCCGCAAAAUUUUUCUCAACUUGCCUUUCAGAACUUCCGUAUAAAGUAUAGCAGUAAAAUGAGCAGUAAAACGUGAACUAAAAUCUUCUUACAGAUUAUAUGAUCAAUUCAGUCUACCAUAUUAUUAGCUGGUAUCAAAGCUGGAACAAUAUUUUUUAAGUGAUUAGAACUACAUAUAUACCAAAAAUAUAUACAAGUAUGUAUAACAACCCCCCAACAAGUAUUACUUCCUUACAUUUUAUGUUUGGGUUUUCAGGCUUAAUAGUGUCUCAACACUGGAAAGAUGGAAUUGGCCCCUCAGUGUACCUGUCUAUAGUUUGACAGGUACAAAAUUUUUAAAAAUAAUAUACAGUAUGUAAAAAUCCGCAAUUUACGAGUUGUUGAAAUACCAAAUAGUAUAUUAAGAAUAUGCUCUGGAAGAAUACUUUUCCUUGCCAAUGUUCAGUGUAGAUGUACUCUUAGCCAUAUCAUGCUACAUGUGAUGUACUUCAUUUGAGGACAUGUACCCAUUUUAAUUUUGACCAACAAUUACUACGGAGUGAAAAAAGAGACCCGUGUUUAAAGAAGGAACUAGAUAGCUGUAGGUCAAGUUAAUCUGCUGCUGUUUUAUUUUAAGAACAAUCUGUGAAAUCUCAUUUUUGCCAUGUCUGAAAUGUUAGUGUUGCAUCUGUGGAGAAUUGUUUAUUGAAUUGAUGUGGUUUUAUAAUAAAGUAACAUUUUCCCAGGGAAAAUCAAAUAUAAUUUGACGUGUUCCAUUUUUCACUGCAAUAAAAAUAGCACAUUUUCAGUUA